GAAGAAAAGCGUUUCCUCAAGUUGCGUCCCAGGAAGAGUUCCCAAGGAAAGGGCAAACAUAUGAUAACCGGCCGUGGGUGGCGGUAGGAGAAACGAGGCGCCCUCCAUAUUCGCCGGCUUGCCACCACCUCCCACCCAGGUCUAGCCGGGGGCAGGCUGCGGUGCCGGGUGGGGCGUGUCUGCCGCCCACGCUUCACUGCCGCGGGGGCGUUCUCGGCGUUUCCGAAAGUACUUUCUACGGAAGGAUGCUGCGGGCCUGGCCUUUCUGCCUGACGCAGAGCGUCUGUAAAUGUUUUUGUUCACGGAAUUGCCAGCCAUAUGUGAUGUUGGAGUAAGCUGUCAUUCAACAGUCUGCGUGUGUUUUAUGGAACCCUGCCUCCUAGCCUGGGGCCAGAGAGUCUUGGCAGGCAAUGAGCUUAAAACGUGCAGAACGUCCCUCAGUUUCAUCAACGUAGGUACUGCACUGACUGCUUCUGAAUCUUGUACCGGUUCUGUAUGAAGGGCAAGGUGGCACCCCUAGGCUGCAGCCAGACUCCAGAGCUUUGCUCUACAUGAAGAGGCUCUAUAAGGCAUAUGCAACCAAGGAGGGAAUCCCUAAAUCCAACAGAAGUCCUUUCUACAACACUGUUCGGCUCUUCACAUCCUGUGCCCAGCGCAAGCAGGCUCCUGGGGACCAGGCAACAGGAUCCGUUCCAUCAUUGGAUCUGCUGUUUAACCUGGAUCGUGUUACUGCCGUUGAAAACUUACUGAAGUCAGUCUUGCUCUAUACUUUCAGCAACUCCAUUUCUUUUCCCUCUGCUGUUAAAUGUGUGUGCAACCUGGUGAUCAAAGAGCCAGAGUUUUCUAGCAGGAACCCCCGUAGAGCUCAGUCCUCAUUUAACUUCAACUUACAGUUUGAAAUUAAAAAGAAAUACAGAUGGUUUGAGGUUGAUGUGACCACUCCUCUUCGGCCUCUAGUGGCCUCCAACAAGAGAAGUAUUCACAUGUCUGUCAAUUUAACCUGCGAGAGAGGCCAGCGGCAGGAUUCUUCAGCCGGGGACAAGCCAUUUAACGUGACUCUUCUGGUGCCCCCCUCACUGCUUUUAUAUCUGAAUGACACAAGUGCUCAGGCUUAUCACGGGUGGUAUUCCCUUCGCUACCAACGGAGGCCUUCACAGCGUGCUGACCAGAACGGUGGUCUGUCUGUCUGCUCCAAGGAAGAAGGGUCGGCUGAGGGUGUAAGAUCUUCCCGUCACCGGAGAGGUCGGGAAACUGUCAGCUUGGCAUUGAACAAGCCUCUGGUUCCAGCUUCUUUGAAUCUGAGUGAGUACUUUAAACAGUUUCUUUUUCCCCAACACGAGUGCGAGCUCCAUGACUUCAGGCUUAGCUUCAGCCAGCUGAAGUGGGACAACUGGAUCGUGGCCCCGCACAGAUACAACCCUCGAUACUGCAAAGGGGAGUGUCCCAGGGCAGUUGGAUAUCGGUAUGGCUCACCAGUUCACACCAUGGUGCAAAACAUCAUCCAUGAGAAGCUCGACUCCUCAGUGCCAAGACCGUCAUGUGUUCCUGCUAAAUACAGCCCUCUCAGUGUUCUGACCAUUGAGCCAGAUGGCUCAAUCGCUUACAAAGAAUAUGAAGACAUGAUAGCCACUCAGUGCACCUGUCGUUAACAUACGGUUCUGUAAGCUAAAAUCUUGAGCCUCUUCUGCAAAGGACACACUGUGUGCCUCUCUGCCUUCGAGGGAGACCGCUGUGUCAAAUGGCUAUAACCCACUCUGUGAUGCGUAAGGAUGUUGUGAGCACAUCCUGGGGCCUCCAUCAGUGUACAGUAGUAACAUCUGCCUUUAUUUUCAAAUGUAAAAGAAAUUUCUUUGGAGGGCUUUAAAUUUUUGUUCCUGAGCGAUUUUUUUUUCCUUUGCAUUGGAGUCUUGUUUUUGAUAUAAGAAAAAAAAUCUUAAUGUAAUCUUGGUUGGAAUUGCAGCUCUAAAUGAACAGUUCAGAGGGCUAUUGUUUUAUUUAAUGGAAGAAUAAAUCCCUCUCAGUGGCAUUAA